UUCUGCCCACACUCACAUGAAUUAAACACACCUAGCAAGUUUUGCACUGGCAGCCACACAAGAGCGUACAGUAGAAACCACUCCUGAAAGCAAUUUUCUAUUUCAUUUCCCUGGAACUAAUAGAAAGUUUCUGAGCUUCCAGCCGAACCAUGUCUUCUCAUAAGGACACUGAGAGACAGAAUCAGAGUGGGCAGCAAGCAGAAAAUCAGGAUGCCAAGCAGACUUUUCAUUAUACAAAGAAGAGGGGCUACGACAUAACACGUGACCCACAUCUCAACAAGGGCAUGGCAUUUUCACUGGAGGAAAGGCUACAACUGGGUAUUCAUGGAUUGUUGCCUCCUUGUUUUCUCAGUCAAGAUGUCCAAGUCCUGAGAGUUCUUAGGAACUAUGAGCGGCAAAAGUGUGACCUUGACAGGUAUAUUUUGUUGAUGGGACUUCAAGAUCGAAAUGAGAAACUUUUCUAUAAAGUUUUGACUUCAGACAUUGAAAGGUUCAUGCCAGUUGUUUACACUCCAACAGUGGGCUUGGCUUGCCAACAGUAUGGACUAGCAUUCCGAAGGCCAAGAGGUCUUUUUAUUACCAUUCACGAUCGUGGUCACAUUUCUACAGUAAUGAAAUCAUGGCCUGAAGAUAAUAUUAAGGCUGUUGUGGUAACAGAUGGAGAGCGGAUUCUUGGUCUAGGAGAUCUUGGAAGCUAUGGCAUGGGGAUCCCAGUUGGUAAAUUGGCUCUUUAUACUGCUUGUGGCGGAGUACAACCCCAAGAGUGUCUCCCCGUAAUGCUGGAUGUGGGCACUGAUAAUCAGGAGCUUUUAAAUGAUCCCUUGUACAUUGGGCUGAGACAUAGACGAGUCAGAGGAAAAGAAUAUGAUGAGCUUGUGGAUGAAUUCAUGAAAGCUGUGACUGAAAGAUAUGGCAUCAACUGUCUUAUUCAGUUUGAAGACUUUGCAAAUGCCAAUGCGUUCCGUCUCCUAAAUAUGUAUCGAAAUAAAUACUGCACUUUCAAUGAUGACAUUCAAGGCACGGCAGCAGUUGCAGUAGCUGGGCUUUUAGGAGCUUUGCGAAUAACGAAGAACAAGCUGUCUGACCACACGGUCUUGUUCCAAGGAGCAGGAGAGGCUGCCAUGGGAAUUGCUGACCUCAUAGUUAUGGCAAUGGAGAAGGAAGGCACUCCUAGAGAUGCUGCAAUCAAAAACAUCUGGAUGGUGGAUUCCAAAGGGUUAAUAGUGAAGGGCAGAGCAUCCCUUAAUCACGAGAAAGAACGUUUUGCACACCCGCAUAAGGAGAUGAAGAGCUUGGAAGAAGUUGUUAAAGACAUCAAACCUACUGUACUGAUAGGUGUGGCAGCCAUUGGUGGAGCUUUUACUGAGCAGAUCAUUAAGGAUAUGGCUUCAUUCAAUAACAGGCCAAUAAUAUUUGCCCUUAGUAACCCAACGAGCAAAGCAGAGUGUACCGCAGAGCAGUGCUACCGACUCACUCAGGGUCGUGGCAUCUUUGCAAGUGGAAGUCCCUUUGAUCCCGUCACUCUUCCAGAUGGACGCACAUUGUACCCUGGGCAAGGCAACAAUGCCUAUGUGUUCCCAGGUGUAGCUCUUGGAGUUGUUGCAUGCGGAGUGAGACACAUAAGUGAUGAUGUCUUUCUCACCACUGCUGAGAUCAUAGCUCAACAAGUCUCUGAUAAACACUUGGAGGAGGGACGUCUAUAUCCACCUUUGCAAACAAUACAAGAGGUCUCUGUAAAGAUAGCUGUAAAGAUUGUAGAAAAUGCCUACAAAGAUAACUCUGCAUCUGUCUUCCCCGAGCCUGAAAAUAAGGAGGCGUUUGUCCGCUCGCAGAUGUAUAGCACCGACUAUGACCAGUUUAUGGUGGACUCCUACUCCUGGCCUCAACAAGCAAUGGCAGUGCAGACUGUUAAACUCUAAGCAUUACAAUAAAAGAGGAGAUGAUUAUGCAGCUACAUGAUUACCUCCCAUGUCUGAGUAACAUUUCUACUUUCACAUCUAAUAAAUAAUUGAUUUUUUUUCA